AAUUGAAAACCUUAAAAUUUUCUGAUAAGGACUCAAAACCUUCCAAUUCUCAAGGAAGGACUUGUUCUAGGGGAAUAUAAAUAAGGCUGUCCUACAAGGAUUCUUGCCACAGCCAUUCUUUGCUAUUCUUCGUCGAUCUUUUUUUUUUUUAUUAUUAUUUUUGGGUUCCUCUGUCUCCUCAUUCUUUUGCUUCUUCAGGAUGACGAUUCUCAUCAACCAGCCUGAGCUUGGAAUACGAGUGGAGGACCAGAAACACCAGCAUGAUGUGAAGGAGUUGGUUUUAGAUGGUGGAUUUCAGGUUCCUGAUAGAUUUGAUGCACCAGAAAUCAAUUCCUUUGGAAAAUCUUUCAGGGAUUAUCAUGCUGAAAGUGAAAGGCAAAAGACCGUCGAAGAAUUCUAUAGACAACAACACAUCAACCAAACCUAUGAUUUUGUCAAGAAGAUGAGAGAGGAAUACAGUAAGCUUGAUAAAGCUGUUAUGAGCAUUUGGGAAUGCUGUGAGCUCCUUAACGAAGUUGUAGACGAUAGUGACCCUGAUCUUGAUGAGCCUCAAAUUCAGCAUUUAUUGCAAUCAGCUGAAGCUAUUAGAAAAGAUUAUCCUGACGAAGAUUGGCUGCACUUGACUGCUCUUAUUCACGAUCUUGGAAAGGUUCUUCUUCUUCCCAAGUUUGGAGAACUUCCUCAAUGGGCUGUUGUAGGAGAUACAUUCCCUCUUGGCUGUGCUUUUGAUGAGUCCAAUGUUCAUCACAAGUAUUUCAAGGAGAAUCCAGAUGCAAAAAAUCCUGCUUACGGCACCAAGAAUGGAAUUUACAAGGAAGGGUGUGGGCUGGACAAUGUGAUGAUCUCAUGGGGGCAUGAUGACUAUAUGUACUUGGUGGCCAAGGAAAAUGGAACCACUCUACCACCAGCUGCAUUGUUCAUUGUCCGAUAUCAUUCUUUCUAUCCUUUGCACAAGGCAGGAGCAUACACACACCUGAUGAACAAGGGUGAUGAGGAGAAUUUGAAGUGGCUCCAUGUCUUCAACAAGUACGACCUCUACAGCAAGAGUAAGGUUCUCGUAGAUGUUGAUGCAGUGAAGCCAUAUUAUCAAUCUCUCAUCGAGAAGUAUUUCCCUGCAAAGCUUAGAUGGUAAACUUUGAGGAUCGGGUGAAGAAAUCUUUUUUUUUUUUGUCAUAAGGGUGAAGAAAGCCUGAUGAUUGUGGAUAAAAAUAAUCAUGGUUUGGUUGAUGUAAAAAGUAAUAAUAAUAACAAAUUAUUAUUAUUAUUGU